CUCAGAAAUUGGCAGGUCACUCCCCUCCCACCUCUGCCCCUGCCUGGGUUCUCCUAGUCCCGCAGUCUGAGCUCCACAGGUUCUGCUUGUCUGUGUGUCUGUUCGUCGGUGCAGACAGGACUCAUGGCUUCGCCGCUGAGGUUCGAUGGGCAGGUGGUACUAGUCACCGGCGCAGGCGGAGGACUGGGCCGAGCCUAUGCCCUGGCUUUUGCCGAAAGAGGAGCAUCAGUGGUUGUGAAUGACUUAGGCGGGGACUUCAAGGGAGUUGGUAAAGGCUCCUUAGCUGCUGAUAAGGUUGUUGAAGAAAUAAGAAGGAAAGGCGGAAAAGCAGUGGCCAACUAUGAUUCAGUGGAAGCAGGAGAGAAGGUUGUGAAGACAGCACUGGAUGCUUUUGGAAGAAUAGAUGUUGUGGUUAACAAUGCUGGAAUUCUGAGGGACCGUUCCUUUAGUAGAAUAAGCAAUGAAGACUGGGAUAUAAUCCAUAGAGUUCAUUUGCGGGGCUCAUUCCAAGUGACCCGGGCAGCAUGGGAUCACAUGAAGAAACAGAAAUUUGGAAGGAUCAUCAUGACUUCAUCAGCUGCAGGAAUAUAUGGCAACUUUGGCCAGGCAAAUUAUAGUGCUGCAAAGUUGGGUCUUCUGGGCCUUUCAAAUACUCUUGCAAUUGAAGGCAAGAAAUACAACAUUCAUUGUAACACUAUUGCCCCUACUGCUGGAUCACGGUUGACCCAGACUGUCUUGCCUGAAGAUAUUGUGGAAGCUCUGAAGCCAGAUUAUGUGGCACCUCUUGUCCUUUGGCUUUGCCAUAAGAGUUGUGAGGAAAAUGGAAGCUUGUUUGAGGUUGGAGCAGGAUGGAUGGGAAAGUUACGCUGGGAGCGGAGCCUUGGAGCAAUUGUAAGACAAAGGAAUCAGCCAAUGACUCCUGAGGCAGUGAAGGCUAACUGGACCAAGAUCUGUGGCUUUGAAAAUGCAAGCAAGCCUCAAAGUAUUGAAGAAUCAACUUCCAGUAUAAUUGAAGUUCUAAGUAAAAUAGCUUCAGAUGGAAGAGUUUCAACAAAUCGUACCAGCCAUGAGGCAGCAAAAACAGCCACAACAGGAUUUGAUGGAGUUAUUGGCCAUAAAUUGUCUUCAUUUUCUUCUGCUUACACGGAAUUGGAAGCUAUUAUGUAUGCUCUUGGAGUGGGAGCAUCGGUCAAAGAACCAAAGGAUUUUAAAUUUAUUUAUGAGGGAAAUCCUGACUUCUCCUGUUUGCCUACCUUUGGAGUUAUUAUAGCUCAGAAAUCGAUAAUGGGUGGAGAAUUAGCAGAGAUUCCUGGACUUCCAAUCAACUUAGCAAAGGUUCUGCAUGGAGAGCAGUACUUGGAGUUAUAUAAACCACUUCCCAGAGCAGGAAAAUUAAGAUGUGAAACAGUUGUUGCUGAUAUCCUAGAUAAAGGAUCCGGUUUAGUAAUUCUUGUGGAUGUCCAUUCUUAUUCUGGGAAGGAACUUAUAUGUUAUAAUCAGUUCUCUUUAUUUGUUGUUGGCUCUGGAGGUGUUGGUGGAAAACGGACAUCGGACAAAGUCAAGGAAGCUGUAGCCAUACCUAAUAGACAUCCUGAUGCUGUAGUUAGAGACACCACCUCACUUGAUCAGGCUGCUUUGUACCGCCUCAGUGGAGACUGGAAUCCAUUACACAUUGAUCCUGACUUUGCCGGUUUGAGUGGUUUCAACAAGCCCAUAUUACAUGGAUUAUGUACAUUUGGAUUUUCUGCCAGGCAUGUUUUACAGCAGUUUGCAGAUAAUGAUGUGUCAAGAUUCAAAGCAAUUAAGGUUCGUUUUGCAAAACCAGUGUAUCCAGGACAAGUUCUACAAACUGAGAUGUGGAAGGAAGGAAAUAGAAUCCAUUUCCAAACAAAGACCCAAGAAACCGGAGACAUCGUCAUUUCAAAUGCAUAUGUGGAUCUUGUGCCGACAUCUGGUGUUUUAGCUAAGACACCUUCUGAGGGUGGGGAGCUUCAGAGUACCUUGGUAUUUGAGGAAAUACGUCGCCGUCUUAAGGACAUAGGGCACGAGGUGGUAAAGAAAGCCAAUGCUGUAUUUGAGUGGCAUAUCACUAAAGGUGGAAAUAUUGCGGCUGAGUGGACUAUUGACCUAAAAAAUGGUACUGGAAAAGUGUAUCAAGGCCCUGCGAAAGGCUCUGCUGAUUUAACAGUCACUAUUUCCGAUGAAGAUUUCAUUGAUGUAGUCCUGGGCAAGCUUGAUCCUCAGAAGGCAUUCUUUAGUGGCAAACUGAAGGCCAGAGGGAACAUCAUGCUGAGCCAGAAGCUUCAGAUGAUCCUUAAAGACUAUGCCAAGCUCUGAAGGACAUACUCCAUUAUUAACAAAAGUAGAAGAAUACUCUUUUCACCCAGAUAUGCAAAAGUGAUCAAAACUGAGAUGCAGGGAAAAUUGCUUAACAUUUUCAGAUUUCAGAUAAUCUUUCAGAUUUUCAUUUUCUACUAAUUUUUCAUGUUAUUUUACAAGGAGCUAUAAAAUAGCACGUAAUAAUCCUUCUUAGAUUUUAUCUUCAUAAUAAAAAAUUUUCAUUCAAGUCUAUUCUCUUUAGAAUUGUGAUAGCAUUUAUAAGUUGAAAGGAAAAUUAAAUGAGUAAAGGCCA